AUGAAAAGAGGACGACCACCAAAUAAAGGUUUGAAGAAGUUGGGGAAUUUCUUUAAAAGGCACAAAGCUGAUGAAGAACAGCUUCAUAUUACGGACACGAGUUCUGGAUGGAUCACUCUCAAGCAAUCGGGUGGCAAGGUGGGAGGCCAACCCUCGCAUACCAGCCAGGGAGGAACUGGCUAUGCCUUCAUCACGGUGUGGAAGACUCUAGCUAGAUCGAAUCAGGGUCGAGAUACAGUUGCAAAAGAACUUGAACCUGAACCUGAACCUGAAGGACCUGAGGGGUCUGGUGUAUGUGUCUUAGAAGUUCAAUCUGAACAAAAUCUGAUGACUUCCAACAAACCCAUUAGAUGUGCGAAGAUAAGGGCUCUGGAGAUAAUUUCAGAUGUAAGUGCUCAAAUAAGUCAGUCUAUGGUGGAAGAAAAGGUAAAUUAUUUUGAGCAAAGAAGAAUGUCAGAAGACAGCCAGGUUCGUGCCACUCGCCUUGAGGAACAGCGACAAAGAGACGCCAACCGCAGAGCCGCCGAGGACGAAGACGAGCGAGCACGAAGCCUCGAAGAACUGCGGCAAACAUCCGCUAACCGCAGGGCCGCCGAGGACGAAGACGAGCGAGCACGAAGCCUCGAAGAACUGCGGCAAACAGCCGCUAACCGCAGGGCCGCCGAGGACGAAGACGAGCGAGCACGAAGCCUCGAAGAACUGCGGCAAACAGCCGCUAUCCGCAGAGCCGCCGAGGACGAAGACGAGCGAGCACGACGCCUCGAAGAACUGCGGCAAACAGCCGCUAACCGCAGGGCCGCCGAGGACGAAGACGAGCGAGCACGAAGCCUCGAAGAACUGCGGCAAACAGCCGCUAACCGCAGGGCCGCCGAGGACGAAGACGAGCGAGCACGAAGCCUCGAAGAACUGCGGCAAACAGCCGCUAACCGCAGGGCCGCCGAGGACGAAGACGAGCGAGCACGAAGCCUCGAAGAACUGCGGCAAACAGCCGCUAUCCGCAGAGCCGCCGAGGACGAAGACGAGCGAGCACGACGCCUCGAAGAACUGCGGCAAACAGCCGCUAACCGCAGGGCCGCCGAGGACGAAGACGAGCGAGCACGACGCCUCGAAGAACUCCGACAAGCAGCCGCUAUCCGCAGAGCCGCCGAGGAUGAUGACGAGCGUGUUCGACGUCUUGAAGAACAGAGGAAAAUAGAUCAAUAA